AUGCGGCCGUUUGUUUGUUUCUGCGAUGCGAUAGGGAGGGGUGGUUUUAUUAUUACUGCACGGAGCGGGCGACGUUCAUUUUUUCCCUCACCGCCGCCGCCGCCACCAUUUCCGCCGGGAAUUCGUCCGGCGCCUGCGGCGUCCGAUGCAAAGCCGUUUUUUAGAAGCCGUGAUGAUGUGGUAAAAGAUGCCAACUUACCGCCAGACGCAACGAUGUUUGAGGCUUCCAUGCCACUUGAAAAGAGAGACGCCAACAGCAAACAGACGGAAAAAUCGCAACAUUUUCACCCUCAUCGACCCUCUUUCUUGUCCCCUGAAAAAAUUUCCAAGCAUUUCCCAAUAUCUGCCAAGUUUGCGGCUUCAAUGGCAGAUGUGCUGAAGAUUCCGGUACCAAACAAAAAUGGAUUAGCGGCGGAACCAUCAGCGACACUCGUACAGGAGUACAGGGAACACACCGUGCUUGGUUGGUCCCCUACUCAACUCUACGACGUUGUAGCGGAUGUCUCACGGUACAGUACAUUCCUUCCAUGGUGUGUGGAAUCGACUGUACACGAAGUGAGACGCCUCGAUGAUACGAAUACGGCUGAUAACAGCAGCGGCAGCGGCAGCGGCAGUAGCAGCGGCAAGAGUAGGGUCAGGGAUGGGGGCGGCAUUUGUGGUAGCGGUGAUCCAAUGGAAAUGACGGCCACACUCACCGUUGGAUUCUCCUUUUUUAAAGAGCAAUACACCUCUCGUGUGUUACUUGUGCCCGAGAAGAAAGUGCAAGCCGUUCUUAAGGAGAGUGAGACGCAGCGUCGUUGUCCUGUUCUCACGGAGCUUAACUGCGUCUGGGAGUUCAGCCCUGUGCCAGGGCAGCCGCGACAAGUGGAGGUACGAUUUCUUAUCCGCUUUGCCUUUCAUAACCCCUUGUAUUCCAAACUAAUCAUGUCAAAAGUGGUAACCCUCAUGACGCAAAGUUUUGAAAAUCAGUGUGAGAAACUCCACGGCCCACCAAGUUGCCAACGUGAGCACCUCGUCACUAAAUAA